AUGAGGGUCUAUGUUGAGUGCUUUGGUCUGACUUCUUAUGGUGAGCUGGAAAAUCAAAUGCCUCCCCUGUUUUACACGGACCAUCUUUUCCCCGUUCCUCUGCCACAGUUCGCUGUUGCCGACGUUGCGUUUCUUUGCCCCUUUUCAUCACUAUUCAUUAUCCCCCUCUUUAUUCGUGCUCUAUCCAUCCACGUCCGACAGAAACUUUCUGUAUUCGUACUUUACUCUUUGCUGACCUCUUUUGUGCCCUCCCUAUCUCCUCCUCCGUCUUCCAUUCGCGUAAUUCUCUUAGUUCACUCUUCGAGUCUCUCCGUUGUCAUCCUAGAUUUGGAGUUUGCCAAUCUUGAGCUAUUUUUUGAUCUCUUUUCCCUUCGCCUACAGUUCUCCAUGUCUGGCCCUUUGGCCUUGGAUUUGAGUUCUGCGCAAGCACUUCGAUGCCUGACUAUAUGUGGGCCUAUAUCAAAGUAG